UGAAUUCGACGAACUGAACGACAAACUUAUAAGGCUAUUUCCAAACAAUCCUCCACCUUGUGAAAUGCCAGCGAAACACUAUUUUCAAUCCACGCUAGGAAAUCCGGUGUUGGUUGAGGAGAGGCGCCGAGGUUUGGAAGAAUUUUUGAGGGGAAUUCUCUUCCACAAGGAUGAUCGUUGGAGGGAAACCGACGAGUGGAAAGAAUUUCUAGCCAUACCGACCGGAAGGUCACUUGAUGCAACAACAAUGUACACCUCGGAAAGCUGGCUUGACGAGUACAAUCAAGUACAGUCGAUGACCAAAGAGAUUAGGUCAUUCCUUAACCGUCGUGAAACUCAUAUUAUCAACAAUGAGGUUCAGGCCUCACAUAAUUGUGGAGUACAAGCCAAAAAAAGUUUGGCGACCCUCGGUGUACGGGUGUCCCAACUUGAAAGCGGUCUCACGGGCCUGGCAAAGGGGAUGGGAAGAGAUGGGAAGGUGAUGCCCGAGGGUGAAUUAAGAAGACGACAAGAUCUCUUGAAUGAUCUCAAGGAUGAAAAGGACAUGUUAAACAAACUUGUGCUGGCCAAUCGACCAGACAUCAGCAAGGCCACAACUCCCGCUAGUUCCGUUGAUCGUGCGGCCUUAUUCCGUCAACAACCUUCCAGGCAACGUACAUUACCUCAACAGCCCGGUCGAUUUGGGAACAACAUAAGUAAAGGAAUCAACGGACCUCCACCGUCGCGACGCGUCUUUGGAAAUUCUCGCAUGAUGCCGGCUGAAACCGAGGUGACUCGAGGCUUGGAUAACGAAGGUCUUGUGAAUUUACAAAGGCAAACCAUGGAAGAUCAGGAGCAUCACGUCGAGCAAUUCAGCGCCAUAUUGAGUAGACAUAAACAAAUUGGAUUAGCAAUUGGUCAGGAAUUGGACAUUCAAAAUCAAAUGUUGUCAGAGUUAGAUGUGGAUCAAACGGCGAGUAAAUUGAGAUUUGCCACGAGAAAAUUGAAUUCCAUCAAAUAA